AGAGACGCGAUGCUGGUGGUUAAGCUAUGACCACCCGGAUCGGCAACCACAGUAACCUCGGAAGGCAAGACGGCUUUCUGGGAAUAUGGCAGUGUGCUGUAAGUAUUCUCGCUCACCCUAACCAGAACACGGAUCAAAGCGAUGCUACAUGGUUAAUUCAACUAGCAAUUACACUUCCAGGAUGCAGUGCGAUGCAGGACGCAGUUGAAACAGUCCACAGGUCCCAUCACUACCGUCUUGUAGGAUGUCGAAGAUGUUGCGCAGUCGGAUAGAUGAGGACACCGUGGACCAAAGUCACGUUUUACAACCGUUUGGCCAGAAAAUAUGCUGUUGGUGAAAUGGGAUGGUCAUGAAAACCGGCCUAUUGGAGAAGGCCUAAACCGUUGCAAUACUCUAGCACUCCUGCAGUAUGUAACGUCUGACAUCAGCCCUCUUAAGACUCGACGAUAUUUGACCACAAGCGGCUCUUUCUCAGCUUUAAGGCAAACCUUUUCAGGCAAAUACCGUCUAUUCGAAGCACAUGCUGCACACAACAAGGCUGAGCACUGUAUCAAUCACGCAUGGCGUUCAGCCUGUCCACUGUGCACCUGUACCUUUAUCGCGUCCCUCGUUCACGACGCCCUGCUUCAUAUUAUCGCCUGCUUGGCAACAGCAGAGAUGCGUCUCGAUGAGCUCCGUCUUAUCUCCAUCCAUCCUCGUUCGCCCUCAGCCUUACACCGCCAAGAGAACGUCGAUUUAGUGGCUUGUACACUGGACCAUUACUCACUUAUAAGGGAGCAUGGGAAAGAAAUAUCCCAGAUCAGGGAUCCAGACGUCUCGCUCGAUUGGACGACCAAAUAUCGGCUUGGUAAAGAAAGUUAUCAAUAUCGCAAGGACUCUGGACUAUCUUUGGAAGAGACAGGAAUCCAUAACCCCAUCAAACAUGAGGCAUACUUUGAUGGCUACGACACAACAUAUCAAAUUCACGAUAGACGCAGCAGGGUUGGCGGCAGGUUUGAAUGGGGCGACUAUGUCGCUCUGUCCUACACAUGGGGUAAUCCAGCUGAUAGGAAAGACAUAUGUAUUGACGGCGAAAUCGUCAAAGUGCAGUCAAAUCUAGAGGCGGCACUACGGGCGCUACGAGAUAAAGAGCCUAUGAGAUCAGGAUAUAAGGUCUGGGUAGAUGCUCUGUGCAUCAACCAAGAUGACAUCAAUGAGCGAAGUCGUGAAGUACGUCGAAUGCGAUUGAUCUACAAGAUUGCUGCAGAUGUCGUGAUAUGGCUCGGGAGUGAGAACGACGAGAGCGAUAAAGCCAUGAAUUUGAUUCACAUCCUUUCGCAUUCAUGCGAAGACGGCACCGACAAAGCGUUAGGGGCGAAGCUACAAGAAGACCCCGGAUAUCUUCAGCCCGGUGCUUGGCUCGCCCUCAGUUGUCUACUCGAGCGACAGUACUGGAGCCGUAUGUGGAUCAUUCAGGAGCUUUGUUUAGGUGGUGCCAAUGCUCCGAUCUUGUGUGGACAGAAGAGCGUGACUUGGAGGGAAUUCUUCACUGCAAUUUACUCUUUCGGAAAGCACAACGUCGAUGUUAUCUUCCGUUGCAUCGAUCACGAAAGAGCGACAGUGGGGAAAAGACCGUUUGGCCUGAACAGGAACAAAAUCAUCCAUAUCAACAUGGAACACCAAAAACAGACCGGAGCUGGGAAACCCCAGUUCAUGUGCCUUCUGGAUCUGGCCAGGAAGUCAGAUGCUUCAGACAUGAAGGACAAAGUCUACGGAAUACUUGGACUGAUGCCUAGUCCAGUGAUCUCAUUGGUCGACCUGGACUACAGUCGCUCCGUUGAAGAGGUGUACACAGAAUUCGCGAGAAACUACAUUGUUGGAACACAUAGUCUGGAGUUACUAGAACAAUGCCGAUUGACGGACACUAAGAUGCCAUCAUGGGUUCCAGACUGGAGGAACGGGGAGCACUAUCGCCUAUUCAGCGGAGCGCAUUCCACAUAUCAUGCGAGCGGUACCUCGGUCGCCUCCUAUCGCUUUAGGGACGAUGGCAAGAUAAUAGACGUUGAUGGCGUCAUGGUUGAUGAAGUUGAUGGUCUAGGAUGUGCAUACCUAGAGUAUGAUGUCAGUUCGCAGCCGCAAGACUGCGUCAGUCCUUCUCAUCAUGCGGCGAACGCCUAUGGUUGUGAUGAAUUAAUGCGGGAUGCACUUUGGAGAACUUUAACGGGUAGCCGUACUCCGGGAGGCCUUCCAGCCCCAGAUACUUUUGCCGAGAUACUCAACCUGCCACUCAGGGAAACAGCCUUCAGUCGUUUCCUUUCGCAGAGCGCAUCGCUUUUUGUCGCGGGGAAGAAGCUCGAUACAUAUUUUGCCAAUCGAGCCGACAGUUUUCCGAGUACAGAUAUCGAUGCAGUUGAGCGUAUCUGGAGGUUUACCAGGACACAUAGAAUGGCUACCACAUGCAAUGGUAAAAUUGGCAUGGUUCCGAGAGAGGCACGCAAAGGAGACCUCGUCUGUGUAUUGUUUGGUCUGGAUGUACCUGUUCUGCUCAGACCUGGAGCAAAUAGGAGAGAGCCGCUGAUGCUUGUUGGCAGUGCUUACUUGCACGGCAUGAUGGACGGUGAGGUUAUUCAGUCGAUCAAAGAUGGAGUCUGCGAAUCGGAAACAUUCUCUCUUUGUUGA